GCGGGUUAGGCAAAAUGGCGGCUCUGAGGGUUGUGCUAUUAACGGAACUCACUCCGGGGAGAAUGUGAAGGCGGCCGUUACCCGAAAGAAGCCGGGGGUGAGGUGGAGGGAGAGAGCUUCGUUUGCAUAGCUGACCGGGAAGCGAGCCGCUGGUGCUCCUUCCGUGGCUCGCUGAGUCAGCCUUCCGUCGGUGUUGGGAGGUCUGGCGGCGCCGGAGAGAUGAGCAACCCGUUCUCGCCUCCUGCUUGGGAGAAGGAGCACUUGUGGUUCUACCUCUUGGCUCUGGGCUUCGAUCCCGCGGUAAACGCCGCUGCCGGGAAACUUUCGACUCACCUCCGGCUGGACGUGAACAUGUUUGAUAAACCAAACAAAGAUGCAUUUCACAUUGUUGCAUGGUUCUUGUUUUCAAAGCUGGACCAGUCACAUUGUAAUGAGGUUUUUAGAUUUUGCUAUCCUCCCAUAGACAAAAAGGCAGACUCUGAAUUCAGGAAGCAAUGCUAUGAAUGGCUAAAAAGGAUAUCAGAUGAAUGUGGAAACACUUUCCCUUCAGUUGUUGCAUCAUUAUUUCUUUCUCCUGGUGGACCCAAAUUCAUUCAUCUAAUGUUCCACUUUGCAAGAUAUGUUAUAAUGCAUCAUAUUAAAGUAGACUCUCUAGGUGCUGGUAUACCCCACCCAGAAGUGGUGACCUCAAGAUCCCCAGACUUGGAGAUGGCUGUUGCAAAAUCUCAAAUGUCACUUAACAAAUUUGUACAGUGUCUACAGAAGGAAGAUUUGAUGAUUCAAGAACUUCAGAAAAAAGCACUGCUUUAUACUAAGCAAAUCAGAGAUUUAAGACGUGAAAAUGUGGAUCUGGACAAACAAUUGCAAAAAAUGGGGAAAAAAGUUGAUUCUGGCCAGAGUAAUACCACAGAACGAAUUGAAAAAGUCCGCUAUUUAUGGGCAACAGUAAUGGAAACGCUGACAUUUUUGCAAAAAGAAAGAGAAGUAGUGGAUUCAGUAGUAAAAGGUCAGGUUGAUCAGUAUACAUUAGAUGGCACAAGUGUUUCUGUUAGCAUUCCACGGCCUCUGCUUCAAAAGGUAGAAAAAGAAAUGUAUAAAUUUCCUGUAGGGAAUGUGUACGAAGAGGGAAAACUGAACAUGUUAACCAUUUUCCAAUUACUACCCAAAGCCUUGGAGUUAUUGUUGCAUGAGCGUCGGCAUGUUGACAAGAAAGGAUUCAAAGUAGACCUUCAGGAUCUUGAAGGAAAUAUCAGAUUACAGAAUGAGACUUUAUUGGGGCUGAAGUCACUGAGGCAAAAAUUAAAAUGUGAUGAUCAUAUUUCAGUAAAUCAAUCAAUUGCUGUAAAACAACUGGAAUGGCACUUGAAGUGGAAAAAUCAUCUUGGCCAGUCACCUUUUCGUUUAAUUAAGGAUGCAAACCCUGCACUUGAUUUAUUACCCGCUAUGUCUCCUCUUUCUUUUACUCCGGCUACUGAGGAAGCUUAUAAAAGGAGUGUCUUCUGUCAAUAUCCUGCAUUAAUUCCAAAUUCGACCAAAAAGAAUGUUCAGGCAGAUGAAUUUGUAACAGUUGGGAAGACACUGGGAAAUGAAGAUUAUUCAACAAAGACAGUCACAGAAAGGACCUUGAAACUUGCCACACAUUCUGAAAAGAUAUCAAAUGUUGAAACUCCCAAGAGGUCUGAUAAUUCGCGGUUUCAAAUCUUAGAGAAUAAAGGAAGAAGUUCUAGACGGAUAGAAAGUGGGAAGAAAAGACAAGCUGAUUCAGUUAGAACACCUUCAUCAGCUAAAAAAGGAGAUCCUUUAAAGAAGGCCCAAGAACAGUUGGCUGAAGAGGUGGCAGAUGUAAUAAUAUCUGAUUCACCCCAGAACACUGGGAAGGAUGUAGGAGAUCUGAUCAGUACCUUAUUCUCAAAUCCUUUCUUAACAAGGAAACAGAUUCCACGAACUCCAGAAAAUCUGAUUACUGACAUUAGAAGCUCAUGGAAAAAGGCUAUUGAAACCGAAGUACCUUCAAGUGAAGCAAUGCAUCAUUCCGAAGCCACGGAACAGUUAUUGCGGGAUACAGUUCCUGAUUUUAGACGCCGUUUAAGUUCAAAUUUGACAUUGUUUAUGUCAUCUUGUAUAUCUGAUGGAGCAGAAUUUUCCUUUUUAGAUGAGAAGCCCCAGGAUAGUUUGCAGAAAGGGAUUACUGAUGAAUUGCUGAGACACCAAGAGGCUCUUAGGCCACUGGAUGAAAUGAUUUGCAAGAAAGAAUUGUCCCUUGCUGCUCCAGACCAAGUGGAAAACCCAGAACCAGUCUUCCAGACUUUAAAUAGAAGUGUGCAUGAGGUGAGUGAUGGCUCUGACAACCAUAUCGGAUCAGACACUUUGUUACACAAUGUGGGUCAGAAGCCUGCAAUAUAUACAACUUCGUUGUGGGAUGCUUCUCAAACAAUUAGCAAUCAAGCAAAUACCGAUUUGGAUAGCCAUGACAACAUCCAGCUAGGUAUACUUCAAGAAACUCUCCCAGAAGAAGGAGGAUCUAUCAGUCUUAAUAGCUUCCAUGAAUUGGACUUCGAUGCCUCGGGGGAAGAAAACUCUAGAGACAGCAAAUCUGCGACUGAUUAUCUGUCAGGAAACGAGUGCACAGUAGAUUUCAAGUCGAUUCUCAGACGGUACGAAGCACUGAAAAAGAAUCUACUUGAUCACCUGCCGGAUUCCGGAAAGCGAAUGCCAAGGUGCAGAUCAGCAUAUAACCUCAGUCCAGUGAACCUGGAAACAAAGGAUGUGGUUAGCCCUUUGGGAAAACGUUAUGCGUCUGAUGCAGAACUUGCCAAGAAAUCAUCACACCCGAGUCAUCUUGAAAGAAGGAAUAGCUUCUCCCCUUCAGUGGCGUUUUCUCCGCUGCGGCCAAGAGAGAGGAGAGACAUGCAGGACCAAGGAGAUGUGUUUAACAAAUGGAAAGAAAAAUAAUUUGAAGAUGGAUACAAAAGAACCCCCAACUGCGAAGAUGAAGCCAUUCCAUGGUUUUAUAAUCAUGAUGCACUGACUUGAAUAGAAUACUUAA